AUGGCGUCCACAACCUCUCAGUCCUCCACCCCGAGGAGGUCAAAGGAAUCGGACAGGAUUGGCAGUUUCCAGAGGCAUGAAGAGAUAGGGCGUGGCAGCUUUGCAACAGUAUACAAGGCCAUCCAUACGAGCGGUUCCGGAGUGCAAAGCAUCGUUGCUAUCAAGUCGGUCAACAUGUCGAAACUCAACAAGAAACUAAAAGACAACUUGACUUCCGAGAUCUCGAUCCUCAAGGGAUUACAUCAUCCACACAUCGUUGCCCUGAUCGAUUGCAAAGAGUCGAGCUCGCAUAUACAUCUGGUCAUGGAAUAUGUGGCCCUGGGCGAUCUAUCACAUUUCAUUAAGAGACGAAAUGAGUUGGCAAACAGUGAGCUAGUGGGCAAUAUGAUGGUCAAAUAUCCCAAUCCGCGGUAUGGAGGCCUCCACGAAGUCGUCGUCCGGCACUUCCUCCAGCAACUCGCAAGUGCUUUACAGUUUCUACGGGCACGAGACCUCAUCCAUCGCGACGUCAAACCUCAGAAUCUACUUCUGAAUCCGUCCCCUGCCUACUUCGAGACACACAACCCACGACCGAUGCCAUAUCAAGUGGCUGACAAUUCUCUUGUUCCCAUCUGCGGUGUCAGGUCUCUACCCGUGCUCAAGAUAGCCGACUUCGGGUUUGCCCGAUCGUUGCCUUCCACCGCACUGGCCGAGACCCUCUGCGGCUCGCCCUUGUACAUGGCUCCCGAGAUCUUGAGGUAUGAAAAGUACGAUGCGACGGCUGAUCUUUGGUCGGUGGGGACUGUGCUAUAUGAAAUGAUGACUGCCCGGCCACCGUUCCGAGCUUCCAAUCACGUCGAGUUGCUCCGCAAGAUAGAAAAGAGUGAAGACAAGAUCAAAUUCGGUGACGAGUUCAAGAUAUCCGAUGACAUGAAGAAGCUAGUCCGAUCGUUGUUGAAACGAGACCCCAAGCAAAGACUGUCGUUCCCGGAUUUCUUCAGCAAUGAGAUCAUCACUGGGCCAAUCCCUGGCCUUCAUCCUGAGGACAUGCCCAAGGUUGAGCCUCCGCAGGCCGAAGUCAACCGGCGUCGAGAUAGUCAAACUGACCCUACCGGGUUGAGCUACCCAGCGUCCAGGAAAGAACCGGAGAGCCCUUAUAUUGACUCUUCCAAGACUGCUUCGGAAGAUAACCUGUCUCGACGACCUUCAACCAGGAGACAAAUGUCUGGCGCCAAAGAGCCCACCAGCACACCGCUGGGGCGUCCUUCGGAUGUAUCCGCACCGGUUUCUGACUCUCCAAAACCAGCUACUGUGCGUCCAGCCCUGCAUCCACAUGCAACAGCCCCAGAGCGACAGGACCUAUUUCAGCGACGGCUUUCCUCGGCUCCUAUGGCCCGCCAAACAAGUGCAGGAUCCCAUAAAAUUCCUGCUUCCGCCCGGCCCCAGGUCCAAAACCAGCAACAAGAGUAUGUUGUACGUAGACAACAGGAAGAAAAGGAACGGGAGCGAGCGGCUCAAGACAUUGCUUUCGAGCGAGACUACGUCCUGGUUGAGAAGAAAGCGGUGGAAGUCAAUGCUUUAGCUGACGAGUUGGACGCAAGCCCUCGACUGAACAAACAGGCAAUGCAAGCACCGGUGCCUCCCAAGUCUGGGCCAAUGGUCCGUAGAGCGACGACCCAAGGUCCACCUGGAUCGGCAACGGGUGCGCAAACCAGUGCUUCUCGAGCCGUCCAGAUUGCCUCAGGAAGACGGCCAGACAGUCUCCAUAACCGGCAAAACUCUUACGAGCGACGCUACGGGCCGAGUCCUGGUUCUGCGACAUCCGCCAUUUCGAAAGCGUUGAAUAUGGCCAGCGGUCGCUUGUUCGGUGUGGGAUUUUCGCCUCCCGUCAACCUGAUGCGUGGUGGCAAGUCACCUCCAGUCACAUAUAGCCCAUUCCCCACUUAUCCCGGAGCUCAAAGCAGCCUUGUGGUGGUAGGCGACCAAGGGAAAGAGACCGUGGCUGCUGAUGAAGACACGCGAUAUGCCCAGACUGUCGAGGAGACCGCCACACGCAGUGAUGUCGUCUACGGGUUCGCAGAGGUCAAGUACAAGCAGUUGAUUCCAGCCGUCCCAUCUCAACCGGGCCUGGGUCUACGAAAUGCGUCAAGCAACAAUGCCUCAGACUGUCCUCUAGGAGGGUCCGAUGGAGACCUGACAGUGGAGGCAACAGUGAUCGUCGCCGAGGAGGCUCUCGUGCUUUAUGUGAAAGCACUGGCUUUGCUCGCCAAGGCCAUGGAUAUUGCAGCACGAUGGUGGGCACGCAAGAGCCGAGAGGUGACCGGUGACGCAGCCACGUCUCGCCCAAGCUCGACUUCCGUUGCUACCGGGCAGCGAAUGAACAAUGUUGUGCAAUGGGUCCGAAACCGAUUCAACGAGGUACUGGAGAAGACGGACCUUGUUCGUCUCAAACUUGUUGACAGCCAGCGUCGUCUCCCGGAAGACCAUCCCAGCCAUCCCAACAAUAUCUCCAGCGCAACAGCCUCGAGUGCUGGCCUGGGCACUUCUUCCAAUCAGGUCAUUGUCAGCUCCGGGAUUACUGCCGAACAGCUCAUGUAUGACCGCGCAUUGGAAAUGAGCCGAGCUGCCGCCAUCAACGAGCUUACCAAUGAAGACUUGACUGGCUGUGAGAUCUCUUAUGUUACGGCGAUUCGAAUGCUAGAGGCCGUUCUUGAAAAUGAUGAUGAUAGCAGCGGCAAUGAACAUGAUGAGAGAGAGGACGCGGCACCAAUCAACGGACUGGAAGCUGAAGAUAGGAAAGCAGUCAAGAAUUUGGUCAGCAGUAUCCGAGGCCGGCUCUCGAUCAUUCGACGCAAGCUACAGGUUAUUCAAAAACAUGCGUCGGCCACAGGAACGGCAUCACCAACAAGCAGGGCGUCUCCCCCAAUCCCAUAUCGUGGUGGCAACCCUGCAGCUGCUGUUACGCCGCCACGCUCAUGA